GUCACCCCUUCCCCUCCUCUCUCCCGUAAUAACAGUUGAAGGAACCCGGAGCUGCAGGUGUGGGUGCUGGUUAAAAUAAGAUGUUACCUUUAUCUAUUAAAGAUGACGAAUACAAACCUGCGAAGUUCAAUCUGGUUCUCAAACUCUCCGGAUGGUUCAGAUCAAUUCUGGCUGACAAGACAUCGCGGAAUUUAUUUUUCUUCCUGUGCCUGAAUCUGUCCUUUGCCUUUGUGGAGUUACUGUACGGCAUAUGGAGUAACAGUUUAGGGCUGAUAUCAGAUUCCUUUCACAUGUUUUUUGACUGCACAGCCCUUCUGGCAGGUCUUGCAGCAUCAGUGAUUUCACGGUGGAGGUCCAAUGACUCCUUCUCAUAUGGUUAUGUGAGAGCAGAAGUGCUGGCAGGUUUCGUCAACGGCCUCUUCCUCAUCUUCACUGCGUUUUUUAUCUUCUCAGAAGGAGUGGAGAGAGCGUUAGAACCUCCAGAUGUGCAUCAUGAGCGCCUGCUCCCCGUGUCCAUUGCUGGACUCCUCGUCAACCUAGUCGGCAUCUUUGUGUUCCAGCACGGAGGACACGGACACUCUCAUGGUGAAGAAGGUCACGGGCACAGCCACUCUCUUUUUAACGGCAGUGUGGGCCACGGACACAGCCACGGGGGACAUGGGCACAGCCACGAUUCCAAGCACGGGCACAGUCAUGGACAAGGACAUGGACAUGAUCAUGAUCACAGUCAUGCUCACGGGCAUGAUCAUGGACAUGGCCAUUCACACGAGUCUCACUGCCAUGAUGACCACUUGCACAUACCAGACAAAGGCUCCAGCAAACAGAUCUUACAAGGAGUUUUUCUUCACAUUGUCGCUGACACAUUGGGAAGCAUCGGUGUCAUCAUCUCAGCCUUCCUGAUGCAGAAGUAUGACCUGAUGAUUGCUGAUCCGAUCUGUUCCAUGCUCAUCUCCAUACUCAUAGGUGUCAGUGUGGUUCCUCUGCUGAGAGAGUCCAUUGGGAUCCUGAUGCAGCGAACACCACCUGCUCUUGACCACACCCUUCCUGAGUGCUACCAGAGAGUGCAGCAGCUGCAGGGUGUGUAUAACUUGCAGGAGACGCACUUCUGGACACUGUGCACUGACGUCUACAUCGGCACGCUGAAACUCCUCGUGGCUCCAGAUGCUGAUUCCCGAUGGAUCCUCAGUCAGACGCACAACAUUUUCACACAGGCAGGAGUAAGGCAGCUGUACGUUCAGAUAGAUGUGGCGGCCAUGUAGGAGACACCUUGAUUCAGGAGUCCUGGGACCAAAGCCCUCUGUGCUGCUACGUGAAGCUCAUCACCAAACCCAGCCCCUUUUUACCCGUUCUCUUAAUUUCUCUGGGUUUCUUAACGUCAUCACCCAGUCUGACCAAUCUGGAGCGGCCGCAGUACAGUACACUAAAGUACAGUACCGUACACUGACUCCAGGUUUUUACAGGGUUUGGUUUUUCCAGGAAAACCAAACAACGUGAAGACUACAAUUGGGCCUCCGGUCAACAACUGUCCAUGUUCCUAACUGUUUUGGGGUUUGUUUGUUUUUUUAUAUCCCUCAAAGACUUUAGUCAGUGUCUUCUCCUCAUCAGAAUGAGGUUUUAAUUUUGUUUAAGAAGGAAAAAAUCUCUAACAGUAUGUGAAGUGAAUCAUCGCUAGUAUUUUCUCAGUGGUCUGAUGUCUUUGCAGCAGCAGAUAUCGGUCACCUCGUGUUGUCCCGCACUUCAAUUCAGCAUCAUGCUUUAAUAUCUUAAGUGCCUUCCCCUCCCGUGGAUAUCUCGGACAAUCUCCUGCACAUCUCCUUCACCAAACAUCUGGAAAAUCAUUCCUUUGUCUUUUGUUUUUUACUGCAUGGUGUUCUGAUUGAUUUUCUGAUUAUUUCUCAGAUCUCUGCUUAUGUAAAACUGGACGAAACACCAGCUUUAUUCAGCCAUACGUGGAUCUGUUGAGCCACUUAAAUGUGAGAAGUCCAUAAUUUAACUGCCCAUAGGAUUUUUUUUAAAAGAAACACUUCUGUGCCACAGGCCAGUACAUUUGUGCAAUUCAAUAAAUUAUAUUGCCAUCUGA